AUUCAAAUAAUUUUAUUAUUUCCUUUCACAUGGAUGAACAUAGUCGUAAUGUAAGCAAGCAUUCAUGUAGCUUACGAUUCUUUCAUUUUUUCAUUCAUAUAAAAAAAAGCUUGAGUCGCAUAUGACAAUUAAAUUCAUCAUGUCCACCGCACCAGAACUACUUACGUCGCGCCACGUGGCAGUUAUCGGCGCCGGCGCCGGAGGUCUAGUUGCGGCGCGCGAGCUCCGAAGAGAAGGACAUCGCGUGGUGGUUUUCGAGCAAGGAGAUCAAAUUGGUGGUUCGUGGGUGUACACUGCUGAUGUGGAAUCGGACCCAGUUGGUUUGGACCCGAAGCGGAGGGUAGUCCACUCGAGCCUGUAUAAUUCGCUCCGAACCAAUCUGUCUCGGGAAAGCAUGGGUUUCCGAGAUUACCCUUUUAGAAGAAAAGAAGGGAAGGGAAGAGAUUCUAGAAGAUUCCCGAGUCACAGAGAAGUGUUAAUGUACUUGAAUGAUUUUGCUGUUGAUUUUAAGAUUAAUGAAUUGGUGAGGCUUCAGACGGAAGUGGUGUUUGCUGGGUUAGGUGAAGGUGGAAAAUGGACGGUCAGAUCUAGAUCUCUUCAGAGUAAUUGUGUGGAUGAGAUUUACGAUGCUGUCGUCGUUUGUAAUGGACAUUACUUUCACCCUCGACUCCCUCAUAUUCCUGGCAUUGAUGCAUGGCCAGGAAAGCAAAUGCAUAGCCAUAAUUACAGGACACCUGAGCCCUUUCAAGAUCAAGUUGUAGUUAUAAUAGGCGGUGCUGCGAGUGCGGUCGAUAUCUCUCGAGACAUUGCAACCGUUGCUAAAGAAGUUCACAUUGCAGCUAGAUCUGCUGAAGAAGAUAAGCUUGGAAAGUUGCCUGGCCAUGAUAACAUGUGGCUUCAUUCUAUGAUUGACAGCGUUCAUGGAGAUGGAACAAUAGUUUUUCAGGAUGGAAAUGCAGUUCAUGCUGACUUCAUUGUACAUUGCACAGGGUACAAAUAUGAUUUCCCUUUCCUUGAAACCAACGGUGUGGUGACCGUAGAUGACAAUCGUGUAGGACCACUCUACAAGCAUGUUUUUCCUCCGGCGUUAGCUCCAUGGCUUUCAUUUGUUGGGUUGCCUUGGAAGGUUGCUCCCUUCCAAUUGUUUGAACUGCAGAGCAAAUGGAUAGCUGGAGUAUUGUCUAAUCGCAUUUCCCUUCCUUUAGAAGAGGAGAUGAUUGAAGAUAUUGAAGCUUUUUACUUGUCACUUGAAGCAUCUGGCACUCCUAAGAGUCACACUCAUAAUAUGGGCAUGGCCCUUGUUCAGUGGGAGUAUAAUAACUGGAUUGCAGAUCAGUGUGGUGCUCCUGUUAUGGAAGAAUGGAGAAAGCAAAUGUAUAUGGCCGCAUCUAAGAAUAGGCUCUUGCGACCGGAGACUUAUCGUGACGAGUGGGAUGAUGAUGACCUGGUUUUAGAAGCUGAGCAUGAAUUUGCUAAUUAUCAGAACUAAUGUUGUAUUUUUUGAAGUUGCUAAGUCAUAAGUUAUUCCUGCCCUCUACUCCUAGUUCAGUGUUAUUCUUAACGAUCAAAAGUCAGCUUUAUCGUUCAGUUUUGAAGAAGAAAAAUUCACACUUAAAAAUAAGGAUGUAAUUAUUUAUGUUUGAAAUACUUUUAAUAAUAAUUCGAUGAGUUGUCAGUUAAGUUGGCAA